CUGAGCAGAGAGCACACAGACUUUGAAUCCAGUUGACAUACUCUAGGCACCGCAUUGCUGAAGUAUUUCCUCCCUCCCACCCCUUGCAAAUGCUUUUCAGAGGUUCUGUGUACUUCUUCAUCGGCAUCCUCUCAAAACCAGGAGCCAUGCUUCCUUCUUGCUCAAGCGGGGGCAUGCUCUUCCUUGAAUAGAAACUUUUUUCUUCUUAAAUUCAAGCAACAGUCUGCGUACAUCACAGAACACCAGCCUCAUCAACUUGGCUUGAAAAUGUUAAGAAACCUCUAAGAAGCUCAGAAAAAAAACACUCCUAAGGGUCACAGAUUUGCAAAGGAUGGCCCUGGAUCACGCCCAUAUUUGCCUUUGGCCGGAGUUAGCCACUCCAUUCAUCAUGUCAGCCGUUCUGCGGUGGUGAGCCAGCCAGACAAAGAUUCUCCUCAGAAGCUGUAGAGCUCGCUCCAUAUUUCAAAAGAGCUCUGCGAGGAAAACGGCGAGACUAGUCCGAGAGGAAUAAAAAGGACUUAACAUUGUAGGAUCUGAGUUGGAUUCUACAGUUCCUGCCAGAAGCACCAUGAAAGACGGGUUCUGCAAUGACACCAUUGAUGACUUCCGAAGUCAAGUGUAUACUCCAACAUACUCCUUAAUCUCUGUACUGGGUUUUGGGGAAAACAGCUUUGUGCUGUACGUCUUGAUCAGGACCUACCAUGAGAAAACUGCUUUCCAGAUAUUUAUGCUCAACCUUGCGGUUUCCGACCUGAUGUUUGUCUGCACAUUGCCUCUGCGGGUGGUCUACUACGUUCAUGAGGGCAACUGGCUCUUUGGCGACUUCCUGUGCAGGAUCAGCUCUUGCGCCAUGUACAUCAACUUCUACAGUAGCAUUCUCUUUAUGACUGCCAUGAGCUUCUUCCGCUGCAUCGCGAUCGUUUUCCCCAUUCGGAACCUCCAUUUCAUCACGGAGAAAAAAUCCACCCUCUUGUGUGUUGCUGUUUGGGUCGUGGCGAUCCUGGCCAGCUCUCCGUUCCUGGAGAGAGGCACAUACACAGACAUGAACACCAACAAGACCAAAUGCUUCGAGCCUCCGCCCCCUGAGAAGACGUUGAAGCUGGCGGUGAUGCAUUACAUCGCCUUAACGGUGGGCUUCAUGUUCCCCUUUGCCACCAUUGUCGUCUGCUACACCAUGAUUAUCAGGACCUUGCUGAAACAUUCGCUGCAUAAGAAAGAAGCAAGCAAGAAGAAGGCCGUCUGGAUGAUGCUCAUCGUGACGAUCGUCUUCUUGAUCAGCUUCACGCCGUAUCACAUCCAGCGCACAGUCCACAUCCAUUUCAUUAUGAGAGAUGAUAAGACUUGCGAAGAGACCCUGUACAUGCAGAAAUCUGUGGUGAUCACCCUUUCCCUCGCAGCUUUCAAUUGUUGCUUGGACCCCCUUCUCUAUUUCUUUACCGGAGGCAACUUCCGUAAAAGACUUUCCACAUUCCGGAAGGCUUCGACGUCCAGCGCGCUACAACCACCAAUGAGGGGAAUGUCUUUCAAUCAGGUGAAGGAUGGGACUGUUCCUAUAGAGGAACCAGAAAAACUGGAAGCGUAGCGCCUCCCUUUGGGGG